AUGGCAAAUUUACUGCUAAUCACAUUGAUCAUGCACCUGGCAGUGUGUCUCUGUGCAAUUGCUGCCCCCAUGUCGAAGGUCAAUACAAUCAGGCGUAGUGGAGCUGCCUCUACAGACACUUACCUGAAGUACCUUGGCGAAAUACCAGAGCUUGCCCAGCUAACCUUCUGCUUCCGCUUGUAUCUCACUCAAGCACGGGAUGAAAUCAUGGUGCUUUCAUAUGCUCAUCCUGAAGAUGAUGACGAAUUAUACAUUGGGUUUCAUUACAGAAAUAAAAAGCUGGUGAUGAGAUGCUGCAAUCGCAAGUGGGAACGGGAUGUGAAGUUGAAAUUGGAGCUUCGCAGCUGGUCGUCCAUUUGUGUGGCUUUGGAUCUUGCUGGUGGGAACAAUGAAGUCCUUCAGGAUGGGUUAAUCAAGUUUGGAGUCGAGAACGACAUCCUUGAUCCUCUGCAUGUGCGUGGAGGGGGUUUGAUAUACAUUGGCCAGGAACAGGAUCGGCCUGGAGGAGGAUUCACCAGGACCCAAAGCUUUGCAGGAUCCUUGGUGGACUUACGCCUUUAUGAUAAGAACCCUGUCUAA